AAAAGCAAAAGAUUAAUUCGCAAGUAACGCCAUUAUUCUCUCUGGCGGCCUCCGAUCACUCUCUUAAUAAAUUGCCCGCCCAUCUGAGACAUCUCUCCAUCCCACAGCUCAAUGGAUGCCAUGCACUGCCUCCGCAUGCCGCACGGGCCAGCGGGAGGGCCAGACCGCUCGGUACUCUCCCACUCUUCGCGGAGGAGUCCCCUCCUCCACCGCCACCUCGCCUUCCCCAAAGGAGGCGCCCGGUUGGUGGCGACUCGCCGGUGGACGGUGUGUGCCCAAGCGCCGGCACCGUCACAGCCGGAAGGGGAGGAUGCCAAUCCCAAAGGUCGCCUGGGAGGAUGGAAUAGGAUGCGCGGGGCGGCGGUGGGCGCGGCCGUGGUCCUGGCCUGCGCCCUGGGGGCCGCCAGUUUGAACCGCGGGAGAGGUGCCUAUUGCUGCCCAAGUCAAGUCGCGCCAAGCCAGGUCGUGACCUUGUCUCCGACGGAUAAGUGUGCCAAGGUGCUGUUCGACAUAUUUAAGAAAAGAGCCGCACCACCCAACGAACCACCCAUCCUGCUUCAGCAAGUCGCUGAGCAAAUCGGGAACGAGCUCGACGUCAAUUUUAUGGAUCGGGAACCCAAGAAAGCGCGCCUGUUACGUUUGCUAGCAGAACAUCUGGUCGAUGAACUGGCCAAGCAGGACUACUAUUAUUUGAAAGCGUUCCACAAAGGACAGGAAACAACGGAUUUAUUAUAUGGAGAAUGGCGUCAACUAGAAGACGGUGACACGAAACGUAAUGUAGGAUUUUUAUUAAUCGAGAUAUUCAUCAAUCAGGGAGACUAUCGAAACGCUCAGACCAUCUGUGAAUAUGAACUUAAAGAUAAAGAGUUUUCUGAAACGGAUUCAAGGCCUCGCUUUUUCAAGGCUAUUAUUAAGAUGAUGCUGGCCACGGAGAGCGUGUUGAAUCCAGAGACAAAAUCUGAGGACUUGCAGAAAAUGAUAGAAGAUGCCAAGAAAGCGUGGGAAGAUUUUCGAAGUGUAUACGGUGGUGAGCUUGCACGAGAACCUAAGACUGACGAUCACUAAAUCUACAAUGUGUUAGAGUCUGCUAUUUCUAAUUUAAAUUCUAAGGCAAGACUUGCAUGAGCUUUUCAUGUAAUAUUUUUAAAACUAUUGUAUUCAUACUUGUCACUUGCUU